AUGUGCCCGGACUCGAACGAGAGCCCUGACUCGAACGAGAGCUCGGCUGACGCACAACGUGCCGAAGGGGAGUCUGGAGAAUCCGAGCGCGAUGGACACAGUAAGCUUGGAUUACGUAGUACCCAUGCAGCUAGAUGGUCAGAGUUGGUGGCUCCUAGUUGUAAUGGACCACGCGACGCGGUACAUGGGAGCGUGGAUAACGAGCACGGUCACAGCUGCGCAGACGGCUCACAUCUUCUUGCGGGGCUGGGUGACACCGUUCGGUAUUCUGCGAGUGGUCUUAACGGACAACGGCACGAGCUUCAGGGGGCGUUCCAUGAGAUGGUGGCUAGCGCGUUGGGCUUCGUCCAUCUGACGACGGCAACGUAUAGGCCACAAGGGAACGGCAUCAACGAAGCCUCCCACAAGGCGCUCAGAAGCGGGUUAAAGCACUCUGGCAAGAAGGACACCGCGACCUGG